CCCCUUCUUCCUCCUCUUCUUCUUCUUCUUCUACAAACCCCUCAACCUCCACUACUUCCAUCCUUCAUUUCAAACCCCCCCUCUCUCUGUCUCUCUCUCGAUAUCUCUUUUGCCGGUAUAACCGUUAUACAUGGCUGAGGAGCACGAGAAGCCUGCGGCCUCUGCGGUGGAAGCGCCGUGUGAGGUGGCGGUGGUGGAGUCGGAGGCGCCGCCUGCCGAGAAGGAUGUGACCGGGAAGGAAGCAAUACCGGAGCCGGAGGCCAAGGCUGAGGAGGUGGCUGAGAAGGAGGCGGAGAAGCCUGCCAAGGCUGAGGAGGAGGUUGAUCCUAAAAUCAUAGCGCAGUCUGUUUCUUUCAAGGAGGAGACCUACGUGGUUAGUGAGUUGCCGGAGCCGCAGAAGAAGGCUCUGGACGAACUCAAGCAGUUGAUCCAGGAAGCGUUGAACAAGCACGAGUUCACUACUCCGCCGACGCCGCCGCCGGUUAAGGAGGAGGAGGAGAAGCCAGUUGUGGAGGAAGAGAAGAAGGAAGAGAAGGAGGAAGAGAAGGCGGCUGAGCCUGAGGCCCCUGCCCCUAUUUGCGAAGUAGAGGCCCCAAAAACUGAGGAGGUUAAAACUGAAGAAGCUCCUGAAGCUUCCAAGGCUGAGGAGGUGAAGCCGGAGGAAGUGAAAGAAGAGGAGACCGUCGUUGUGGCUGAGGUGGUUGAGACUGUUACUAAAGUUGACGAUGACGGCGCCAAGACUGUGGAGGCGAUUGAGGAGACCAUAGUUGCUGCUGUCCCUACUCCGGAGGCGACGACUGAGGAGCCAGCCAAAGAGGCGGAGGUGGCAAUCGAGGCGACUCCGGCUCCGGCAGAGGAGUGCAAAACAGAAACUGAAGAAGCCCCGGCGGCUGCUCCGGUGGAGCCAGAGGAGGUCUACAUCUUCGGAAUCCCAAUUCUUGGUGACGAAAGGAGCGAUGUCAUUCUGUUGAAGUUCCUGAGGGCUAGGGAUUAUAAGGUGAAGGAUGCCUUCACCAUGAUCAAGAACACUGUGAGGUGGCGCAAGGAGUUUGAAAUCGAUGCUCUGUUGGAGGAGGAUCUCGGAAGCCACUGGGAGAAGGUGGUGUUCACUCACGGUGUCGAUAAGGAAGGCCACUCUGUCUGCUACAACGUUUUUGGUGAGUUUCAAAACAAGGAGCUGUACCAGAACACCUUCACUGAUGAAGAGAAACGGUCCAAGUUCAUCAAGUGGAGGAUUCAGUUCUUGGAGAAGAGCAUCAGAAAAUUCGACUUCAACCCUACCGGAAUCUCCACUAUCGUUCAGGUCAACGAUCUCAAAAACUCUCCCGGACUCCUUAAUAGGUUGCACAACCAGGUCACCAACCAGGCCCUUCAAUUGCUUCAGGACAACUACCCUGAGUUCGUUGCCAAACAGGUAUUUAUCAAUGUCCCAUGGUGGUACCUUGCAUUCAAUAGGAUGAUCAGCCCCUUCCUAACCCAGAGGACCAAGAGCAAGUUUGUUUUUGCUGGUCCAUCCAAAUCUGCAGAAACCCUAUUCAAAUACAUAGCCCCAGAACAUGUGCCAGUUCAAUAUGGUGGCCUAAGCAAGGAUGGCGAGUGUGAAUUCACCACAGCUGACCCUGUCACUGAUGUUACUGUUAAACCAGCCUGCAAGCACACCGUUGAAAUCCCAGUUUCUGAGAGUGGGGUUCUUGUUUGGGAACUUAGAGUGGUGGCUUGGGAUGUGAGCUACGGCGCCGAGUUUGUGCCAAGUGCUGAGGAUGGUUACACAAUUAUAUUGCAAAAGACCAGAAAGGUUGCCCCAACCGAUGAGCCAGUGAUCACAAACAGCUUCAAGAUCGGCGAGGCAGGGAAGGUUGUGCUCACCAUUGAUAACCAAAGCUCCAAGAAGAAGAAGCUCCUCUACAGGUCCAAGACCAAGCCCGUCUCUUAUUAAAAGAAAGCUUGCUGAUGAAAUAGUCUUCAUUCCUAGCUGUCUUGGGGGCCGACAUGUCCGAUCAAAUACAAGACAGCACAAAGUGAUAGUACUCCGAAAUAAACAGUGGUUCUUUGCUAUUUAAAUACAGGGUUAAUUUUUUGUUCUUUUGGUUGUUGAUAUUUAUAUUUUUCGUUUUAUUUUUGGAAUGAAAGAAGUAAAAGGAGUCUGGGAUUCAUAUUUGUUCUAGGGUAAUGGGGAGAAUGAUAUUUGUUAUUUUGUUUUGGACUUUUUGGAAGGAUUGGAUGCCCCUGUGGUGGGGGAAAACAUUUGAAGUAUAUAUGUUUAGGGAUGGGGACAUGUGUAUGGACUUGGGGCACAAACUCUUGUUUCUAUUCUUGAUACUCUUUGCCUGUAAACUUUGUGUAAAUUUGGUUGGUGCCUUCAUUCC